AUGGCGGGCGCGCUCUCGUCGCCGGAAGCCUCCCUCUUCCUCUCCCUCAUCGAGCUCGGAAGGUUCGACGACGCGACCCUCGGCGUUCUCCGGACCUCGCUGGUUUCCAAGGACGCGUGCUCGGCGGUCCGAGUGCGAUCGAGCCUUGAGCGGUUCCUGAGAUCCGAGGCUCUUCGCAGGCUUCGCAACAUCGUGGAAGAGGACGUCGUCCACGUGCUUUCGGUCCUCGAGUUCCUGGUUCGAGCUUUUGCAGUGGUUGGCGAUUUCGAGAGUUGCAUGGCGCUGAGGUACGAAACGCUCGUUUUUCGGGAGAAAAAUCUGGAGUUCAUCAAUGGCUACAAGUCGGUCAUACCGAAUGGGGAACUUCGCUAA